AGAAGUUAGACAUCUAGCUGGUAGAGCUUUGCAUCGAUCAUCCAUUAAUGGUGAAAUGCAUGGGUGCCUUGCAAGCCCUGAGCUUGGUCCUACUUACCUCACUGGCCAUGUCGGCGCCAUCCGGCUACCGCUUGGCGCUCACCCACGUCGACUCCAAAGGCGGCUUCACCAAGACAGAGCUCAUGCGCCGGGCCGCGCAUAGAAGCCGCCUCCGGGCGCUAUCAGGUUAUGACGCAACCUCGCCCAGGCUCCACUCUGUUCAAGUCGAAUACCUGAUGGAGCUGGCCAUCGGGACGCCGCCGGUGCCGUUCGUCGCCCUCGCCGACACCGGCAGCGACCUCACCUGGACGCAGUGCCAGCCAUGCAAGCUGUGCUUCCCGCAGGACACGCCCGUCUACGACCCCUCAGCCUCGUCCACCUUCUCCCCGUUGCCCUGCUCCAGCGCCACGUGCCUGCCCAUAUGGAGCCGGAACUGCAGUACCCCAAGCUCGCUUUGCCGGUACCGCUAUGCCUACGGCGACGGCGCCUACUCGGCUGGCAUCCUGGGCACGGAGACGCUCACGCUUGGCUCCUCUAGCGCACCCGUCACCGUCGGCGGCGUGGCGUUCGGCUGCGGCACCGAGAACGGCGGCGACUCGCUCAACUCCACCGGGACGGUCGGCCUCGGCCGCGGGACUCUAUCGCUCCUGGCGCAGCUAGGCGUCGGCAAGUUCUCCUAUUGUCUCACCGACUUCUUCAACUCUACUCUGGAUAGCCCAUUUUUGCUGGGCACCAUGGCGGAGCUGGCCCCCGGGCCCGGCGUCGUGCAGUCGACGCCGCUAAUGCAGAGCCCGCAGAACCCGUUGAGGUACUUCGUCUCCCUCCAGGGCAUAUCACUCGGCGACGUCCGCCUUCCCAUCCCAAACGGCACAUUCGACCUGAGUACCGACGGCACCGGCGGGAUGAUCGUGGACUCCGGGACGACCUUCACCAUCCUCGCGGAAAGCGGUUUCAGGGAGGUCGUCGACCACGUGGCGCAGGUGCUUGGUCAGCCGCCAGUGAACGCCUCCAGCCUGGAAAGCCCUUGCUUCCCAGCUCCGGCCGGUGAGCCGUUUUUGCCAGACUUGGUGCUGCACUUUGCCGGCGGUGCGGAUAUGAGGCUGCAUAGGGACAACUACAUGUCCUACAACCAAGAGGACUCGUCCUUAUGUUUGAACAUCGCCGGGACGACGCCUGAGUCCACGUCCGUGCUGGGCAACUUCCAGCAGCAGAAUAUACAGAUGCUGUUCGACAUGACCGUAGGGCAGCUGUCAUUCCGGCCCACCGACUGCAGUAAGCUCUGA